UAAUAUUGGAGCUACUCUCUAAUAACCAUAAUAACGAACGCAAUAAUUGUAUAAAGCAAAAUUGAAUCUUGGAUAUCACACGAUAGAAUAUAUCCGAUCAAAAUGUCUGUAAACAUACGCUGUGCGACUACGGAAGACCUGCUGAAUAUACAGCAUUGCAAUCUGCAGUGCUUACCUGAGAAUUACCAAAUGAAAUAUUAUCUGUACCACGCUCUCUCGUGGCCGCAGCUGAGUUACGUAGCAGAGGACGAGAAAGGAAGGAUAGUGGGAUACGUGCUCGCCAAAAUGGAGGAGGACUGCGAGGACAAUCCCCACGGACAUAUUACCAGUCUGGCUGUAAAGCGCUCGCACAGAAGGCUGGGCAUCGCGCAAAAGUUGAUGAAUCAGGCCUCUCGGGCGAUGGUGGAGUGCUUCGGAGCGAAAUACGUUUCACUGCAUGUGCGUAGAAGUAAUCGUGCGGCUCUCAAUUUGUACACGAGCAGCUUGCAGUUCGAGGUGUCGGAGGUAGAGCCAAAAUAUUAUGCGGAUGGCGAAGAUGCUUAUGCUAUGAAGCGUGAUCUUACCAGCUUCCAUCACGAGAAGGCUCUUAGAGACAGAGCGCACAAGGAGGGCAAUGUUCACACACAUUUAGGUAGAUGCUGCGGCGAUCACUCUUAGUCCAUUCAUCACCGCUGCUGACGAGACAGGAUUGGAUUCUUAAUUCACUCGUUCGAUGAUGCAAAUCUGAGAAUAAACCCACUGCAUGUCUUUUUGCCAAGAAAUGACGAGAUGACGUCCGAGACUACGUGUCUGGGGGAUUAAUUAAAACUGAUUAUGAAUACUUUGUUAUUUCUUGCAUGGGGCAAGAGCUUCUACUUAUCAAAGUUUGACCUGGUACACUAGUAAAAAUAUUUUAUAUGUGACUGGAGGAUACUUGUUAAAGUUUGCACGAUACGGAGUAAGAUUGAACUUUGGGACUGUUGUAUUUUUCAGUUCACACAAUGCGCAACGUAAUUAAAACUUAUAAAUUGACUUAUAAAUAUGUAAGAAAUAAAGGAUUCUUGAAAAGGGCAAUCUAUUCGAUCUUGACUUUUUUUUCAUCAUAACUUUAUUGAAUGACUGCAACUGUAAUUCAUGUGUAACGCGCCAGUAUGCAAUAUUAAAUUGUUCAGGGCGUUGUCAAGCGUGUUGUUAAAAAGUAUGGUAGAAAAAAAUAAUAUUUUACAGCACUGAAAUGGGCUCAAUUUAUACAGUUCAUACUUACACUUUAAAGUCGGAUCUACGAAUAUUUGUCUCGAUAGAUAUUUUCUUUGUCUUUUUCAAUGUAUUUUGGCUUAAAAAUUAUUUUUGACAUUGCACGAUAUUCAAAUAAGUUUACUCCACUAAUGCAUCUCGGAUGUACUCUAUUAUGUUUGUGUAUACAUACUCCAUUUCUGUAAUAGGAAUAAUUAUAUUAUGUAUAUAUAUAUAAUAUGUAUAAAUAUAUCUAUGUACAAAUAA